AUGGAUAUUCAUCGGUGUCGAUUUGUGGAUUAUACGCCGCACACGGUAACUUCGCUUGCGUUCUCGCACAACUCUGUGAGCGACAGCUGUCCACACGAGCUCCGUUUGGCAGUGGGGCGCGCCGAUGGGUCGAUAGAGGUGUGGAACCCACGCGGGAAACACGCCAACUGGCUCAAAGAGCACGUCAUUCCCGGGUGUCGGGGCAGAUCCGUCGAGGGACUCGUGUGGUGCAGUGAUGAGGGACAAUCCAGGCUGUUUUCUAUUGGCGGAUCAACAUAUCUAACCGAGUGGGACGUUGCGAAAAGCGUUCCUUUACAUAACCACGACUGCAAUGCGGGUGUAAUAUGGUCUUUGGCCGCCAACCAGUCGCAGAAUAAAAUUGCUGUGGGCUGUGAGGACGGCUCUGUGGUGAUAAUAGACAUUACAGGAGGUCCUGGUGUGAUGGAACACGAACGAAUCUUGCAACGACAGCAAUCGCGAGUUUUGAGUCUAUGCUGGUAUAAAGACGAUAUGAUCAUCGGUGGAUGCGCAGACGGGCGAAUCAGAUGCUGGGAUAUCAAGGGACAAUUAUUACAGACACUGAGGGUUGACAAGUCGAAGACAGAGAGCACGCUUGUGUGGAGUCUCUACAUGGUUGCAAAUGGGAGCCAGCUGGUUUCCGGAGACUCUACCGGAAGCGUCAAGUUCUGGGACAUGAAACACUUUGUGUUGCAGCAGAGUUUCAACGUCCAUGAGGCAGACGUUCUGACACUCACAGGAAACAUGAGUGGCACCACUGUGUUCAGUGCUGGAGUGGACCGCAAGAUAUUCCAGUUUCAGCUAGUUGACAACGGGAAAAAAUCGCAUAAAUGGAUGAACAGCACAAACAGGCUACUGCAUGGCAACGACGUGCGUGCCAUGGCGUCGUACGAGUCGCGCAAUUUAGAUCUUUUGGUCAGCGGUGGUGUGGAAAGAGUGGUUGCCGUGAAUUCUUUGAGGAAUUUCCAAAACAGCAUGGUGUUCAAGCUUCCGCUGAACGCUAACAAUGUGAUAAUAAACGACGAACAGAGACUGUUAAUUAUGUGGCAGGACCAGACCGUGAAAAUAUGGCGUUUUCUGGACAACCAGGAGAAGACACUGGCCGCCAAGCUCACCCUUUCAGACCCCGAGAGCAUUAGUGAUGUUGCUGUCUCCAAGAACGGACGGUAUUUGGUAGUUUCGCGUUUGAGCAUUGUCCGCAUAUACGAGCUGAUCGAGACAGAUACAGCCAAGCUGCAGGUGGUCAAAGUGCCGGCUGCCAAACUGGAAGACAUCGGAGCCAAGAAAGCGCGCGUUCUGGACGCUUUGGGACUCAUCCUGCUGGUGACAAACAGCAAUGAGUAUCUGAGUGUGCGGUUCAAUGUGGACGACGACGACGAUGUGUCUGAGUUCGACGAGGCCCAGGACGUGGUGGAGUACGAUGUGGACAACGAGUGCGAGCUUUUGGACGCCAGCCAGGACUCGCGGCUUGUUGCUAGUGCUGGCUACAAUGGCAAGAUCUCUGUGCUGGAUCUCGGGUCUGGCGAAGCGCGCGUGCUGGUGAGACUGAAUGAGGUGCCGACGGCCUUACGGUUCACGUCGAAUAACACGCUUCUGGUGGCCACCAUGGAGCAUAAGCUUUUCGAAUUCAAUUUGGACGGCGAGCUGCACACCGAGUGGUCCAAAAAAAAAUAG